GUAUCAUUCGUCGUUCCCCACAGUGUAGUCCUAACGUUGCAUUUCGUACAAUCGUUACACUAAAUGUUCAAGUGUAGUGUACCAUGUUCAAGUGUUUCUAACUGUGAUAAUUAAUAUUAAUUAUGUUGAUAGAAAUCCCGGAGCUCAGGAGAUGUUGCUUCUGCUUGCCGCUCAGACGUGGCAUCCUAGUUUUUGGAUAUCUUAGUUUGCUAGUGACUUGUCUCUUCGGGAUCCUGCAACUAGUACUAUGGCUGUUCUACCGCGACUUCGAGAGCACGUUCUCCACCACCGCGGCGCUGUACCGAGGCGUCAUCAUGGAAGCACAGCUGUGCGUCAUCUUUAUACUGUACGCGUUGGAUAUCAUCUUCCAUGUUAUUCUCAUUGUUGGGGCUCAUUUGAAGCGUCGCCGUCUCCUCCGAGUAUACUACUACUAUGAGCUGACGACCAUGGUGGCUACCUUCAUCGUGGUGGUGAUCACGUACAUAGACCUCGACCGAUUCCCGCGGUGGAACUUCGUUGUCACUGAGUUCGCGUUGGCUUUCACUGGCUUUGUGUUACAGAUAUACCUCCUCCUCCUGGUGAGGAGUGAGCUGAAGAAGGACCGCUACCAGGAGGGCCGGUCCAGCUACACCAACCACAUCGCCGAGGUGUUCAUAGACCCGCCUCUACGGCGACAGUGGAGGGCUAUAUUGUAGUACUAAUAAAUCAAGGUUAUAUUUCA